AAGAGCCGGAGCCGUGCAGGGGCACGCGCGCGAGGCCGAGCUCGCCAGAGCCCCGCCCCAAAGGAGGCUGGAGCCCAGCUCUGCGUCCCGACCGGACAGGAAAGGAGCUUCCCAGUGGCGGUCCGCACCUUGACUCGCUCGGGAAAGUGUCUGUAGGCCUCUCGGUUAGCUAGCGGCACGAAUCCGCGGCUUGGUGACAGGCGCGCGCUUGGCCGUCUCGCUUCCGUUUGCCUGGGAGGACUCGAACUGGCCCCAGGAAAUAUUAGGAAGACGUGAUUUUCAAAACUAAUUAUGAAAACAUUUGUCAUUGGAAUUGGUGGUGUGACAAAUGGUGGGAAGACAACACUGGCUAAGAACCUACAGAAACACCUCCCAAACUGCAGCGUAAUAUCUCAGGAUGACUUCUUUAAGCCAGAGUCUGAGGUAGAGACAGAUAAAAAUGGAUUUUUGCAGUAUGAUGUGCUUGAAGCACUUAACAUGGAAGAGAUGAUGUCAGCCAUUUCCUGCUGGAUGGAAAGUCCUGGACAUUCUGUGGAAUCAACAGAUGGCACAAGUGGUGAGGAAAUUCCCAUUUUAAUCAUCGAAGGUUUCCUUCUGUUUAAUUACAAGCCCCUUGACACUGUAUGUAAUAGAAGCUACUUCCUGACCAUUCCCUAUGAAGAAUGCAAGAGGAGAAGGAGUACAAGGGUCUACAAGCCUCCAGAUCCCCCAGGAUACUUUGAUGGCCAUGUGUGGCCCAUGUACCUAAAGCACAGACGAGAAAUGGAGGACAUCACACGGGAGAUUGUUUACUUAGAUGGAACAAAACCAGAAGAGGACCUCUUUGCACAAGUAUAUGAAGAUGUAAUACAACAACUUGCAAAACAGAAGUAGACAUGGCCCUGCUGAUGGAGAAUCAUUACAUUUGACUUUUCUCCCUGUUUGAACUUGUGAAAAUAAUAGGCCAGAGAAGGUCUAUCUCGCAGGGAAGGAUAACAACAGGCAUUGUAAACAGAAGCACUUUGGAAAGACAUACGAUAAUCUUCUUUCUGUUGUUAGUGAGAAAUAAAUCAGAAAUUUGAAAUAGAA